CAUUCAACUGUUGGUCAGUUCUCUGGGCCCCUUCUCCUCUUCCCCGGUGCUGGAAGCCUCUGUCUCAUUGAGCAGAGGUGGAGACUGCAAGGUUCAAGGAACGGAUUAGUUUUGGGUGUCACUUAAUCCAGGAGGCCCUUCCGUAAUCAGAGCCUUCAGAGGAGCAGAGGUGGUAUAAAUCUGCGUAAGGGGCCAGGCUCACAGAGGCUGCAGGAUGGAGAGGGGGCCAGGAGCCCAGCUGCUGCUGCUGCUAUGGGCCACCUGCUGGGGACACACACCAGCAGACCGCCUGAGCGACUACGCAUCGGUCAUCGACGUGACCAACGGGGGUCCUUGGGGUGACUGGGCCUUGCCCGAGAUGUGUCCUGAUGGAUUCUUCGCCAGCGGGUUUUCGCUCAAGGAGGAGCCCCUCCAAGGCAUUCCUGGCGAUGACACUGCUUUGAACGGGAUCCGACUGCACUGCUCGCGGGGGAACGCAGAGCGUAACAAGCAAGUGGUGCAGUCCCAGUCUGGAAGGUGGGGCGUGUGGAGUGAGCCCCUGUGGUGUCCCAGGGGUGGCUUCCUCGUGGCUUUCUCACUGCGCGUGGAGGCCCCGGAGACCCGGGGGGACAACACGGCGGCCAACAACGUGCGCUUCCGCUGCUCCGACGGCACGGAGCUGGAGGGGCCCGGCCUGACCUGGGGUGACUUUGGAGAGUGGAGUAAGGCCUGCCCCAAAGGCUUGUGCGGUUUGCAGACCAAGGUGGAGCGGCCGAGGGGCCUCCUGGAUGACACCGCGCUCAACGAUGUGCGCUUUUUCUGUUGCCGCAGUUAACCAGGGCGCCGGCCCCGGGGCCAGUCCCACGGCUCGCUAUUAAAGCUUCUCUGUCUUGGC